UUAUGGCCACACCAAAUUUUGAUUGUGAUGUGAAUGUAAAUGUGAAACUGCUUUACCAUUUUUCACCUGUUUACGUGAAAAUUGUUGAAAUUCUAAUACGAUUCGGUUUUCCAAUGACUUGGACUGUAAAAAAGUGUUAUAUUUAAGGUGCAACAGGAAUAUUUGUCUCAUAUUUUGUACGCCCAUUCCAUAAAAGUACAGUGUCCAUUACGUUCCCGUUACCUACAGAAUAUUCCGAAUUUCAUGUUUGCCACGUUUAACUGGCAAAUUUAAAAAGAAAAUAACAAGAACAUGUCGAUAGGAGCUCUAUAAAAUCGAAGUUCGAAAAGCCUUCAUCAUGUCUAGUAUGUCAGAUCGUAAGGCCGAGUUGGAGAGGAAGAAGGCAAAGCUACAAGCUCUUCGCGAGGAGAAGGAUAGACGUCGCCGGGAGAAGGAACAGAAAGAUGCUGAGGAAGCUUUGCAAAGAGCGUCAGUGGCGUCGAGUCUGGACAGCCGGCGCGACCUGGACGAGAUGCUGUCAUCUCUGGGCGUGGCGCCCGUCAAGGAUGUGCUGUCCUCGCUCUCCUCCAUGACGUCACUGACGCCGCCACAGACCGCUUCACCUGACGCCAGCCUGCCGCACACUGACAAGUCCAGUCUACCUGCUCAAGGUGCACCUAAGAAGCCAUUAGCGCUGCAAGUAGUUUCGGUGCAGUCGACCGAUAUCCCGCCUAAGGAGAGUGUGACGUAUGCCAAGCAGACUCAGACCACCGCCUCCGGAGUCACAGAGCUGCGAGAUGGAUACAUGGAGGACUGGUGGCGGCCACGUAAAGCACACGCUACCGACUACUACGACGAGUACAAUCUAAACCCGGGUUUAGAGUGGGAGGACGAGUUCACAGUGCUUACAUUCGACGGCGACGGCGCGCGGCAAGGCGACGAGGAGGAGGCCGCCUUCCACGGCAAGCUGCCGCCCGGCAUCCUGCCGCACGGCCUGCCCACCGUCAAGGAGGUGCAGCCCGCCGUCACCGACGCCCCGCAGGAGAAGAAGGAGGAGGAGGAGAAGAAAGUGCGCGAGCUGAGCACGGACGAGAAGCAGACGAUAAUGCUGUCGGCGGACUUCCAGAAGUUCAUGAGUCGCGCGGGGCGCGUCAUCGAGCGCGCGCUCGCGGAGUCCGUCGACAUCUGCACCGACUACACGGGCGGCGGCGACGCGCAGGACGCGCAGGACGACAAGUCUGAUGCCCGGCUGUCGCUGGUGCGCACGUUCUACGACGAGCGCUGGUCGCGCGGUCGCUGCGUCACCUGCCUCGACUGGUCCGGCGCGCACCCCGAGCUACUGCUGGCCUCCUACCACAACAGCGAUGACGCACCCCACGACCCCGACGGCGUCUGCCUCGUCUGGAACACCAAGUUCAAGAAGAGCACCCCCGAAGACAUCUUCCACUGCCAGUCGCCCGUCAUGAGUGCCACCUUCGCCAGGUUCCACCCGAACCUGAUCCUGGGCGGCACGUACUCCGGCCAGAUCGUGCUGUGGGACAACCGCGUGCAGAAGCGCACGCCCAUACAGCGCACCCCGCUCUCCUCGCUCGCGCACACGCACCCGGUGUACUGCCUGUCGGUGGUGGGCAGCCAGAACGCGCACAACCUGAUCUCGGUGUCGACGGACGGGCGCAUGUGCUCGUGGUCGCUGGACAUGCUGUCGCAGCCGCAGGAGACGCUGGAGCUGCACCACCGCCAGAGCAAGGCCGUGGCCGUCAGCGCCAUGGCCUUCCCGCACGCCGACGUCAACAACUUCGUGCUCGGCAGCGAGGACGGCAACAUUUACACCGGGUGCCGGCACGGGCAGCGCGCGGGCGUGGGCGAGUGCGUGGAGGCGCACGCGGGGCCCGUCACCGCCGUGGCGUGCCACGCCGCGCCCGGCGCGCUCGACCUCGCGCACCUCUACCUCACCGCCUCCAUGGACUGGAGCGUCAAGCUGUGGAGCCUCAAGGAGAACAAGGCGCUGUACUCGUUCGAGGACAGCGGCGACUACGUGUCGGACGUGCGCUGGUCGCCCGCGCACCCCGCGCUCUUCGCCGCCGCCGACGCCGCCGGCCGUCUCGACCUCUGGAACCUCAACAGGGACACAGAGGUGCCGAUAGCGUCUGUGCAGUCGGAGGGCGGCGCGGCGUUCAACCGCGUGUCGUGGACGCCGGCCGGCACGCACGUCGUCGCGGGAGACGACGCCGGCAAGAUCUGGGUCUACGAACUCGCCGAGCAAGUGGCACAGCCGCGCCACGACGAGUGGAGCAAGCUGAUGCUGACGCUGCAGGAGCUGCGCCACAACCAGGCGGACGAGGAGUCGGAGCGGCUGGGGCUGGCGGCCAGCGGCCCGCCCUCGCUCACCAGCCUCACCUCGCUCGCCAGCAACCCCCUCAGAUAAGUGAUAUAUGGGAUAUCAAGUGCGGAUGAAUGUUGAGAUCUUCAGAGGACAGCGGACUGCGAACAUCGAUGAAUUCUGAUAUCUCUACUGAGAGUGUACCAUAUGUAUGUAUAAAUAUAUGUAUAUAAAUAUACAUAUAUAUGUUUGUUGUGACUGAUAGUGGAAAGUAUAAGAUGUAUGAAGUGUAUAAAUGGAAGUUAGAGUAAAUAUGGCAAUAUAUCAAUGGAAUAAUCAUUACUAAAGUAGGAAUACACAUGCCAGUAGCUGGCACACUAGCAUUCAAACUACUGGCAUGCCAGUACCUAAUUCGAUAAGAUUUUGUUACAACUGCGGGCAUCCAAAUCUCGUUCCAUAGUACCUUGAACUGGCUUCCAAAUUAUUCUAUUUUACGGGCAUGUGUAUUCCCACCCUUAUGCACUUAAUACUUUUCGUUAUAUCAAAUUUAACUCCACUGAUAUCAAUACUGCAAGCGACAAAAACCAUUCAACUAAAAUGUUAAUUUCAGUGGCAUUGUGUAAAAUAAAGUAUUUUUCUUAUUUAUUUUUAGAUUAGAGAAUGUGUAUGUAGAAUGGAAAUAAAUGUUGGUGCAGCUAAAUAAAGCAGGUCUUGAAACUUAAUAAUUUUUAUAGUCAUUUUUAACUCUGUUAUAAUUCAUUAUUAAAAAAAUAACUUAAUAAACUUUUGUGCGACGGGACUGGAUGCGAAUAAAAAAGAUAAUAUGCAAUUCCAAUUAGUCAAAAAAUAACACUAAUUUAGUUAUUGAAAAGUUGCAAAAGCUAAAUAAAAAUAAAAACAGCUUAGUGGAAAUUUAAUAUUCCUUGAAGGUGAUGCAUAUGUAUAGUUUUACAAGAUUAUUAAAUUAGUAUUAGGUGUAAAGCUUACAGAUGUUCAGUUCUGACAUGAACAAUUUUCCUACACACUUCAGUUAAAACUGUGCAUGCAUAGGCAAAAUUAUAACUGUCAGUUGAACUAAAGUUAAAUAUUUACACAUGCACAGUUUUAACUGAACACUUCUAUGGUAACUGAACAGUUCCACUGUUCAGUGAAAACUUAACACAUGUAGUUCUUAAAAUAUUAGAUAACAUCUAUGGUCCCCUUUAUGUCCAUGACAGAGUACUAAUUAACUACAUUAUUUCAUUCCUGCAUACGUUUUUAACAUAUUUUAUGGAGAUGUAAUACUUUGUAAUAUUGUAAGAAAUUGCUGUUUGCUUACAAUUAUAGGAGCAAUGUAAUAAAAAGACAUAUAUCAUGUUACAAUGUGCAUUUCUAAUGAAACACAUAUAGCUGUUAUAAGGCAUAAUAAAUAUAAUAUCCUUGCUUGAA